GUCAUGUGAUCGAGUUCGUCGAAGGGGAGGGAAAAGGGAACGUGUGUUACCGCGUGUUCUCUGUUUACAUCCAUUCCUGUGUAUAGUGAAUCAGUUCUAAAAUUAUUUGCUUCUAUUUGAUAAUUGAGUGAAAUUUAUUAUUAUCUAUCCGGCCACUGUGUUUAUUAAAUAAUAUUGUAGCAGCACUUGAAAGUUGAAUGAAGAAAAGGACGAAGGAUCACAUGGCAGAUCCUGCAAUCAACUGAUUAUAUUAAAUAUUUUGUUAUGAGUGUUAAGAAAGGAGCAUGUCGAAUUCGAGACGAUCGAUUGUAUUUUAUUAGUCAUCGAUAAUAAUUAACGCAGUUAUAAAUGAAGCUCGAAUGCAUGUAUAAAUUAUUAUUAGGUUGAUGAUACAUGAUAUUUAUUAUUAAGAUGAGGGACCAAAUGAGUCAAACUGUGGAAACUGUGACGCUGCUUCUCGAAACGAAACGAUUCAAAAUUAACAAGGAACAAUUGAUCAAUAAGAGUCUAUACUUUGCCACGCUUUUCUCUACAACCUAUACAGAUCAUCGUUUGUCAGAACAUACUAUAAACUAUGAGAUUCCUUUGACUUCGUUCCAGGAUUUUAUCGAUUGGAUAUAUGAUGAAAAUAUAAUAGCACAUUAUAAAAACAAUCUGGGACGUCUUUUGGUUUUAUUGGAAUUAAGUGUUCUAUUUGCAGUAGAUGACUUAAUAAAAAAUAUAACGUACACACUUGAGCAAUACUAUUUAUUACCAGAAGAAGUACUUAAUAUUUGGUUGUUAGCAGAAGAAUUAGGGCUUCAUCUAUUACGUGAUCUUUGUUUGGCUAUUUGCUUAGAUCGUUUCACUGAACUGCCAUUAAAUUUGAUCAUUAAGUUAUCGAGGCAAAAUUUUCUGAAAUUAAUUGGAAAUGCUAAUCUAAGAGUUGCAAAUGUAAAUGACCCAGAAUCUUAUUUGCUCAAUAUUGUGCAAGAAUGGAUGAAAGUUAAUCAGGAUAUAAUUCCACUGGAUAUUUUAAAGAAGACCGGACCAAAAAUUUUUCUGAGUAUUAUAUCCUGUGAUAUUUUUUCUUCUACUGUUAAUGAUGAAUUUUAUAUUCAUUGUUGGGAUAAUAACAAUCUUUCUGAAUUUACUACAUUUAAAUAUCCAAAUGCUAUUACGGAUAAUAAGAAUACAAUAAUGGGAAUGCAGAUUUCUGUUAGAGGAUACAAUUUAUAUCUUAUUGGUGGAGAAUUUGGUAUUGGUUCAGGGAGAUUUAACACAAACAUAUGGCGUUACUCUUUGAUAUCUAAAAAUUGGUUUUUUGAGGUCACUAUGCCAUGUGCAAGAAGACAUAUGAUUGCUGCAAUUGUGCAGAAUACAUUAAUCCUAGCAGGUGGUGUAGGACAUUAUCGACGAAAACUGCGAUCUCUUGAUAUCUACAAUCUCCAUAAAGGCAUAUGGAUAAAAGGUGAGGACAUACCCAUGGAGUUUGUAACUGUUCCCGAUCAUUAUGUUCUUGAUAAAAAACUGAUCGUAUUUGAUCGUUUUAAGUCACCUAUUAUGUAUAUAUAUAAUUCUGAGUUGAAUGAAUGGAUCAUAGUAAAAACAAAUCAACUUUCAUUAAACAUAUGUGACUUACACAUGACUACAUCAGUAAUGAAGUUUAAGGCUGCUUCAUGUUGUAUCGAUAAUAACAGGCAGGACAAACUAAAUUUACAGACAAUUGUAGUGAUAGAUGCAGAUAUAUACGAAAAUUUAGAACAUAAUCGCAAAAUACUUCAAAAAAUAACUGCUGAAAAUUUUGGAACGAUUGAGAAAGACGAUUGUAAUAUACACUUUUACUUUAUACUGUCGUGCAAUAAUUUAGACGAGAACAAUAUGCUAAUAUGUUUGACAAAGCAGAAAUGCAUGCUAAUACGUUUGAAAGGAAAUCAAAAGUUACAGUGGAAUAGUAUAUCUUUACAAAAUCCAAAUAAGUUUAGUUCUCUUUUUGCCCACUCACAUACUUUCUUUUUUAAUUUGAUGCAUCCAGCAAAUUUGCACGAUCAAUCGGCGACAAAAUUGAAUUGUACAACUUGACACAUAUAACUUUUCAUGAAUUAAAUCUUCAGUGAUUAAAUAUAGAAACAUACAUAAAUAGAAAUAAAGUUACAAGAAGUGAAUAUUUAAGAAAAAUGUAACGAAAACAUUGUAAAAAUCUUCGAAAACAAAAAGCUCAUUAUGAUCUGCGUAUUUUUUGAAAAAAUUAACUUGGCUUUACAUAGCAACGUCUUCUACUUUUACGAAUUGUUAUAUUGUAUAACAUGAAAACUUUUUUUAUUACUGACUUAUAUGAAUUAAACUUUUAUAUUAAAGUUUUUAUCAAACGCUAAUUGUUUUAUCUGCUACCAAACUAUAUAUAUUGAAAACCGUCGUAUCUUUUUUUCUGACAUCCAACGAUUACACAGAUAUAAUUAUUAACUCCGGUACUAGGAUCGUUUUCACAGUUGCCAUGGCUGACGUCGUUGAAUUUGUUUCGUUCCUUUUGUUUGAUCGCACGACGUCAUUGGCUGUGCAGGUCUCGAUGACGAAUUCGAAAGACGUAUUGUCGUUCAAGUUAAAGUGAUAUCUGCUGCUAGUUUCGGGAACUGCUUUGUUGUCCUUCAGCACUGUCACUGAAAAAUUUGCACUAGUCUUUAAUUGUUACAUCAGAAGGGAGAGUGAAAAGAAAAUAAUUGAUAUGAUAUACUUAAACUCCGUAAAACGAUUGAAUAAAUUACUGGGAAAGAAUUUGAUACCUUUCAAAGGCGCGAUAUCAGUCCUGUAUGUGAAAGUCACAGACUCGCCUUCGCUCACUGUUGCAGACUGCGGGAAUGUCGCAGAUGCUGGACUUUUCGGCCCUACAAUUCGAGUUGAAAAUUGAUAUUAAUGAUAGAUCAUUCUACCUCUCUUUUAUACGAAAACUUCAUCUUAGAUAUAGUUGCUUAGUGAUUAUAAUUUCGAACUUAAUUUUUCCUAGGAUUAUUUAUUAGAUUAGAAUAUAAAAGACUUUUAUAAUUAUGAUGACUUUCAGUUGAUAACAAUUAAGAUACGAUGCCUAUUAU